GGCGGCGAGGCUAGCGACACGUGUCGUUUCUUGAUUUAUCAAUGAUGGUGGCAGAAGUAUAAUGAAUCACUAAACAGACUAAAGUAAGGGCGGGAGUAAACAUUAUGAAUGACAAGAUCUGUUUGCAACGAACAGCGAUAGUACAUACCUACCAACCUAUAUAAAAUGAAAAGAAAAUUCGUAACUAUAAUGCAAUAACCAAAAGAGGUACGCAAAAUUUAAACAAACCUUCCAAAAUGUUCAAGUCAUCGGUUUAUAAUCUACAAGAAGCAUCUAAAGAUCAGGUUCAACAGUUUUUGAAUUCUUUUGAUACUGUUUUAAGUGAUUGUGACGGUGUUCUGUGGUUAGAAAAUAAUGCUAUUCCAGGAUCUGCUGACGCGAUGAACUACUUCCGUAAACUAGGGAAGAAAAUAUUUUAUGUGACUAAUAAUUCAACCAAAAUCCGCAGUGAUUUUGCUGCAAAAGCUCAGCAGUUGGGAUUUGAAGCAUCACAGGAUGAAAUCCUUUCUACAGCUUAUCUCGCAGCCCACUAUUUAAAAGGUAUAGGUUUCAACAAGAAGGUGUAUUUACUAGGCUCAAAUGGCAUUGCUGAAGAGCUGAAAUCUGUUGGGAUCAGGCACAUUGGUGUUGGGCCAGACCCUGUGCAACCAGAUUUCAAGGCAAUGGUGCCCUCAGAUUUGGAUCCAGAAGUGGGAGCCGUCAUUGUAGGUUUUGAUGAACAUGUGAGCUACCCUAAGCUUAUGAAAGCAGCUUCCUACCUCGCUUCUGAAGAGUGCCUGUUCAUAGCAACAAAUACGGAUGAACGAUUUCCAAGAGCAGGCUCAGGAUAUGGUAUUGUUGUCCCGGGCACGGGCACUUUGGUGAGAGCCGUCGAGACAUGCUCAGAGAGGAAAGCACUUGUUCUAGGCAAGCCUCAUGAUUACGUAAGGAGGUUCAUUGAAUCGUCUGGGUUGGAUCCAGCGAGAACUCUAAUGAUAGGCGACAGAUGUAAUACAGACAUAGAGUUCGGGGUUCGUUGCGGUUUUCAAACUCUUUUGGUAUUAACUGGCGUGACAUCCAACAAGGAUCUGGAGAAGAUACGUAACGAAAAGAAGCCUCCUCUACCAGAUGUAGUCUUGCCAAAAUUAGGAGAUAUACUGUCUCUUAUACCAUCAUAGUACGAUUUUACUUGCGUAGGCAACUAGUACUCUAAAAUAGCCCAAUCAAUAGUCAAUUUUACUUCAAUUGUGAUAAUAUACAAAAUGUAUUAUUUUUAUUAACAUGUGUUCCGUUAUUUAUAUUUAAUAAGUGUUACAUUUUUAUAGCAGAUGUAUGACUCUGAAUUUAUUUAUUUUAGGAACUGCUUUUACUAUUUAUCGUGUUCAUCUCAAACUUGCUUGCCACAUUAUUUCAUGACGUUUGAUAGUAAAAAAAGAUUUGUAUAAUGUCUUGGAAUUUCUGAUACGAUAAUAUUCUCAUGGUUACUUGUAAGUUCUAUUGAAUUUGCAAGAGAUAUUUAUACAGGGUCUAUAUCAUUUUCAUUUGCCUGUUCGAACCGAAGAUGUUGUUACUCUGCGGUACAACCACUAAACUUCAGCUAAUCGCGAUAUGAUCUUAUCUUCGGUCUACGUUUCAGAUGUCGUGUUUCGGUCUACGUUGAGAUUGGGACCUUGCAUGGGCUUUGCGUAUUACCAAAGUUGAACGCAGAAAACGACGCAAAUUUUCAUGCGAUAGUGCGGCCUUGAAAAAUCUGUUCUUGGAAGUUUCCUCUUUUGAAAAUUCCCUCAAAUUUCUCACAGAAAUUCUCACCUAAAAUUUACGGGAACGGUCUAAAUAAAAUUCUUAGGAUCAUGACUGUUUCCGUGUAUUGUCAAAAUUUUCGAAAACGGCACAUCGGUGAUUGCAGAAGUAUCAAUUUUAAUGUGUUUUCUAAUUUUGGUGUUAAUUUUUUAGGAAAAAAAAACGUUCAUUAUUUCAGCCAAAACAGGCCAUACCCAGUCCACAGUUGUCUUAGUUCCUAUGACAUUAUUGUGUAACCCUAAAUUCCAUAUUAUGAGCCUCAUACGUAAAAUGUUUAACAUCAAAAUUAUUUCUAAAUUGCGUAACUCAUUUUUUUACCUUUUUAGUUAUACAGCAUAAUAAAAUGUGUUUAUUUGUUAUAUAUUUAAAUUAAAAAUAUUAUGAUUACCUCGAAGAAUAAAACAGUAUGUAGAAUGACA